AUGCAACUCCAGCAUUCAUGCGCCAUGAACACAUUAGUUGAUGAAGAGUCAAACAACUUACCAAUGUCUCUUUCCAGACAGCUCCAAACAACAAACUUCUUUUCUCCAAAGACAUUCAACAACAAGCUUGCCUUCGAGCUUGAUGACCAAGAUGAUGUUUUCAUUGGUCUUUAUGAGUCCAAGAGCAUAGGAAACUCCAUUCGUUUUAAGAACCCAUUCUUGAAUCGCAAUGAGUCCCUCUACAAAGUUAAGGUCUUCUUCAUGUUUAAUGUCCAAACAAAUAACCUCCCAUUGAUUCAACAUUCCUUCCCGAUCACAGCCGAUUUGAGCCAGCUCUACAACUUUGUCGCUAACUCGGACUUUGUUUUGAAUAGAGAACCCCAUAAUAGAGAAUUCAAUAUCUCUUUCAAUCCAUCAUGGGAGUCGGAAUGUCUUCCGACUACAGGCAAAUUGGAGAAAUUCCAUAAUUUGCUUACCCACUAUCUUACUUUAUAUGUUAAUUUCCAUUAA